UCAUCGUAGCAGAAACAUUGUCACACUGACGAGUCUCCUAUCGUGUUAUUACAUACUCGAUAGAUAUAGUGUCCUCGGAAUCUGCCUCCACAGAUGGAGGGCGACUGGGGGGAUUUCCAAGCGGGCGGAGCCAGCGGCUUCGUAUCAGCGCAGCACGCGUCGUCAUCUGCGGCGGCACCGCCGGCGCAGGCGACGGAUGCCGCAGAGCCGUUAGAUCCGGCAUCGACGGCGAGUCAGACGGGGACGAAAACAACGUCGGCGGAUCCGGGAUUGGUGCCAAGCGGGAAGUCCGCGCAAGAUAGCAACUCGUUCUGGGGGGAGGCGGAAAACCAGGCGGGCGCGGAUGCGGGGAUGGACUUCUGGGGGGAGGUGCAGGCGCUGGGGGGAAGCGGAGACUUGCAGGCGUUGGGGGGUGAGGGGGAGCAGGAUUCGGGGGGGAACGCGGGAGCGCAAGUGCACGGCGGAGGCGCGGGGGGCGGAACAGACCAUGCGCCUCCCCCUCCUCCGCUUUCCGCUCCGCCUGCUUCCGCUGCUGCCGCUGCUGCCGCGGGCACGGGAAUCACAGCAAGCGCAGCUGUAGCGGCACCAGUAGCUACACCUGGGGGAGGCGGAUUAGGGUUUGAUCAAUCGAGGUUACCAGGCGUUCAAGCUGGUUACCACUCGUCGCCUAUGACUGAAGGAGGGCCGCAUCAGCCCGGAAUUCCAACGAAAUCCGAUCCGCGCCAUGCAUCUGAUCCUCAUUAUAAGCACGAAUCCGAUCCUCAUUAUAAGCACGACUCGAGUCAGCGACAAGGCGCACACCAUCCGAGCGGCUUCUCCGCGCACAUGAUGUCGUAUUCUCACUCCUCCCCCCUCCGCCCCUCCGCGCCCCACGCGUCCGCACCCCACGCGUUUGAGUCACAUCAGAGAAAAUCACCCACCCCUCCGCCUCCCACCGGUAGCUUCCAUCCCCCUUGCGCGCGCCAGCGCCAGCGCCAAUAAGGGGUCCGCUUUCUUCCCCGCCUCCUGUGUCCCACCCACUGUCACACCCCCCACUGUCACACCCCCCACUGUCACACCCCCCACACUCACAACCCCCAUCUCAGCCCCCUCCACCGCACUCUCCCCCGUCCCGCUCACUACCCU